AUGUCCACGAUCAAGGCCUUCCUUGGCAAGGACUCACCCGCCGUCGAUGAACUCCACAAAGACGUCAAGACCACAAUACAGGACCCGGAGUCAUCUAUCCAGCCAGAAGACGAAUAUGUUGGAGAGUUCGAAGAAAUCUCGACUUUGAGGCAAGGCCUUCAUCAGAGACACAUUCAAAUGAUCGCUUUAGCCGGUACUAUCGGAACAGGACUCUUCCUCAGUUCCGGUCGAGCGAUUUCGCGUUCUGGUCCCCUGGGUGCCUUCCUAGGAUACUUGGUCAUGGGCUGUGUUGCCGGCACGGUAACUCUCGCGAUGGGCGAGAUGGGCGCACUUAUUCCUUUGAACGGUGGAAUAGUCCGUUACGCCGAAUACUUUGUUGACCCGGCAUUGGCGUUUGCCAACGGCUACAACGUGGUAUAUUCCUACCUUGUGUCUAUCCCCGCAGAGAUUGUGGCCGCCGCUGUCCUAGUGCAGUUCUGGUCUGACCUCAAUAGUGCAAUUUGGAUCACUAUCUUUGGAUUGCUCAUGUUGUGUACCGCUUUAGUCUUUGUGAGGGUAUAUGGGGAGCUGGAGUUCACUUUCUCCAUGAUCAAGAUCUUGCUGAUCAUUGGCGUCAAUAUAAUGGCUCUUGUUAUCACCUGUGGUGGCGGUCCUGACCAUAAAACUAUUGGGUUUGAAUACUGGCGCAAUCCUGGCCCUUUCGUUCAGUACCUUGGGAUUGGUGGUGCUCUUGGUCGCUUUCUCGGCGUUUGGACAUCCCUGAAUAGCGCCCUUUACGCCUAUUCAGGGAUCGAAACAAUUACUGUUGCCGCCGGAGAGACAAAAUCGCCGAGACAGGCUAUUCCACAGGCGGCCAAGCGUAUUUUCUUUCGUAUAUUGAUUUUCUACGUCGUCUCAAUCUUCAUGGUCGGCCUUGUCGUCCCCUCCAAUGAGCCUAGACUCAGCAAUUCCAGUGGAACGGGUUCUCAGUCUCCCUUUGUGAUUGCAGCUAGCCUGGCUGGAAUCAAGGUAGUGCCGUCAAUUAUCAAUGCUGUCAUUAUCACGUCCGCGUGGUCUUCAGGAAACUCGAGCAUACUCGGAGGGUCCAGGGUAUUGUUCGGGCUGGCGAUGAACGGUAAAGCCCCAAAGUUCUUCACUCGACUUAACAGAUUUUCUGUCCCCUGGAUCGCAAUCUCGCUCUACGGUCUGUUUAUGUGUCUGGGAUACAUGUCGCUCUCCUCAACUGCGAAUACCGUGUUUUAUUGGCUACAGGACCUUGUCUCCAUCACAACUCUGACCAACUGGCUCACUAUCCUGGUCACGUAUCUUCGCUUUUACUAUGGCUGCAAGAAACAAGGGAUCUCUCGGAAGUCUCUACCGUGGGCGACACCACUUCAGCCAUAUAUCAGUUGGGCCUCGCUGUUCAUGCUCACCAUCCUCCUCAUCACAGGCGGGUACUCAACUUUUAUCAAACGACACUGGGAUAACGAGGGAUUCGUCUCAUCCUAUAUCAAUAUUCCUCUUUUCCUGAUCAUGUAUUUUGCGUACAAGUUUGUUCGUAAGACAAAGAUCGUCCCCUUGGAAGAUAUUCCAAUUCAACCUUUUAUUGAUAUUGCCAAUCGCAAUCCGGAGCCGCAACCAAAACGAAAGAAAGGUCUUCACAGGCUGAACAUUCUAUGGAACUGA